AUGGAAGAUAGUGAAACUUCACAUGAACAACAACCUAAUCAAUGGCAUGACCCACUUCUUCUUACUGAUGUUUCUUGGCAACAACAACAACAACAAGAAAACAGCAGCUCUCUUUCUUACUCUCAAUAUACUGAACCCAUUUCAUCAAAGUUUCAAUCUUUGGCCAUGGUAGAUUCAAAUCCUUGUUCUAAUUCAAACGAAGAUAUGGAUUGGCAAGAAACCCAGAGCUUAGAAUCAAUUACUAUGCAGAAACUUGUAGAACCAGUUGAGAAUGAUACAAUUGAUGGUAGGUCCAUGUUAGGGUUUUCUUUGACAUCUCCUGAUCUGGUUAUUUGUGCUGGUUCACCUGAUAUAUCAAGAACUGGAUAUGGAGAUUCUCCUGAAUUCUUGGAUACAAACAAAUGUUCGCUUGAGCUUUCUUUAGAGAAUGGUAUUGUUGGGUCUGAUAAGAAAGACUCUAGUAGGACUCCAUGUGUAAAGUUUUCGGCAGUAUUUCAAACAUUCAACAAAGAAUUGUCUCCAGAAUCUUCAUUUGAGCUACUUGCACAACCAGAGAAAGAAGAGAAAUUGGUGAAAGAUUUCACUCCUGGUGUAUGCAUCAAUGCAGGAUGCACUGAUGGGGCUGUGGUUCUGGGUGGUGUUGAGUUUUUAGAGGAUGAUUGUUUUGUGGGUGGUGAUACUGUAAGGACUGAUGUUACAAUUGAGGACGGACGUGAAGGGGGCCUUUCUCUUUACCAAACAGCUCGUUAUGGUAAUUUCUCGUAUUGUUUUCAAGGGCUGGAGCCUGGGACUUAUGGUGUUAGUCUGCACCUCGCAGAAAUUGUUUUUACUGAUGGGCCUCCUGGACUAAGAGUAUUUGAUGUUUUCAUACAAGAGAAGAAGGUUGUGUCAUGCCUGGACAUAUUUGCACAAGUAGGUGGGAAUACACCUCUGGUUGUAUCUGACCUUAAAGCUUUCGUUGAGGACGAUCAGGGCUUAUUGAUUAGAUUUGAAGGAGUGAUGGGAAAACCAGUUGUAUGUGGCAUUUCUGUUACAAAAGAUCCUUCUGCUAAUACUGGAGAAGCUCAGUUACUACAACCUAUGGGAAUGUCCCAACUAGCAGAAUGCGAGUCAGCAAAACAGGAUAAUGGUCACCUCGAGGUGGAAGGGAAUUAUCAGAAGCUACUGAGAGAUUAUGAGUGUCAGAGAAGGGAAUUAACAGAGAUGAGGAGGACAAUGGACGAACUUAAGAGAGAAAACCGACUUAAGAGCAGGGAAUGCCAAGAUGCUUUGAAGUCUUUACAGGAGCUCCAGAAUGAGCUCAUGCGCAAGUCGAUGCACGUUGGGUCCUUGGCCUUUGCCAUCGAGGGACAAGUGAAAGAGAAGAGCAAGUGGUUCACAUCAUUGAGAGACUUGACAAGAAAACUGAAGAUUAUGAAAAUGGAGCACAUCAAGCUAUCAGAGGAGGCACUGGCAUACAAGAAUUGUGUUGCAGAUAUGGACGAGAUGAAGUCUACUAUUCUGUCCACUAUGAAGCAGCAAGCAGAUUUGCAUGAGGAUCUCAAGAUUAAAUUUGUUGAAGGAGCCAAGGAAAGAAAGGAACUGUACAAUAAGGUUCUAGAGCUGAAAGGAAACAUACGGGUGUUUUGCCGAUGUCGGCCUCUAAAAUCUGAAGAAGUAGCAGCAGGAGCUUUAAUGACUGUUGAUUUUGAAUCUGCUAAAGAUGGUGAGCUCACAGUUAUAUCAAAUGGGCUUCCGAAAAAGACCUUCAGGUUUGAUGCUGUUUUUGGUCCCCAAGCAAAUCAAGCUGAUGUUUUUGAGGACACUAGACCAUUUGCAAGCUCAGUUUUGGAUGGAUACAACGUCUGUAUUUUUGCAUAUGGACAGACCGGAACCGGAAAAACUUUUACAAUGGAGGGUACAGAAGAAGAUCGUGGAGUAAAUUUUAGGACUCUUGAGCAAGUUUUUUGUAUGAUUAAGGAGCGAGAGAAGCUAUUUCGAUAUGAUGUAUCUGUAAGUGUUCUAGAAGUUUAUAACGAGCAAAUACGUGAUUUACUAGUAUCAGACUCUCAGCCAGGUGUAGCUGCAAAGAGGCUGGAAAUAAGGCAAGCGAGUGAAGGACUACAUCAUAUCCCAGGGCUGAUUGAAGCGAAUGUACAUAACAUGAGUGAGGUUUGGGAAGUUCUACAAACUGGUAGUAAUGCAAGGGCAGUUGGCUCUACCAAUGCCAAUGACCACAGCAGCCGAUCCCACUGCAUACACUGUGUUAGGGUGAAGGGAGAGAAUUUAUUGAACGGGGAAUGCACCAAGAGCAAGUUAUGGUUGGUUGACCUAGCAGGAAGUGAGAGGGUGGCAAAGACAGAAGUGCAAGGAGAGCGGCUCAAGGAAACUCAAAAUAUCAAUAAAUCCUUAUCUGCACUUGGAGAUGUCAUAUCUGCUCUCGCUACUAAAAGCCCUCACAUCCCAUUCAGGAAUUCCAAGCUCACUCAUUUGCUUCAAGAUUCCCUAGGAGGAGAUUCAAAGACACUCAUGUUUGUGCAGAUUAGUCCCAAUGAGAAUGACCUAAGUGAGACUUUAUGCUCGCUGAAUUUUGCAAGCAGAGUUAGAGGGAUAGAGUUGGGUCCUGCAAAGAGGCAGUUGGACAAUGCUGAACUUCUGAGAUACAAACAGAUGGCUGAGAAAUCAAGGCAAGAUUUGAAAAGCAAAGAUAUCCAAAUAAAGAAGAUGGAGGAUGCAAUCAAUGGAUUGGACUUGAAGACGAAAGAAAAGGACCUUAAAUAUAAGACCUUGCAAGAAAAGGUUAAGGAGCUGGAGGCACAGCUGCUGGUUGAAAGAAAGCUGGCACGUCAGCAUGUGGACACAAAGAUAGCUGAGCAACAACAGCAACAGCAAAUGAAACAGCAGCAAGAUGAACAAAUCAUUGCACCACCUAGGCCACCGCUUUCAAAUCGAAUAUUAUGUAGUAACAAGAAUUUUAAUGAACCUGCAAACGGUGCAUUGAACAAAGAACAGAUAAAUCCCACUCAGCCACUUAUGGGGAACACCAGCUACAAAUCCACAAUCCCCCUUCCCUCCACAGAGGGGAAUGUCAAGUUGACUGAUUCUACUGAAAAAGAAAACAACCCUGACAUGGCUGAUCAGCCACGGCUGCCAAAGAGGACUGGCAGAGCCUCAAUUUGCACAACAGCACGACAUGCUCUAGCGGCCCCAGCUCCAAGGCGUAACUCAAUGAUUCCACUCCCAGGCGUGCCAAAUUUAGUCCAACUCCCAAGUAUACCAAGUUCAUUUCCAUUAUGCCAAGUGGAUAUGAAAGAAGAUUCAGAAGGGUCUGAAACAAACUGUUUGCCUGAGCAGACACAUUGCGACAGCCCUAAAGGAAUCAGAAAUGGCUCCAAGCAGCUAAGCAACAUGCUGAAACGAAGCCUUCAAAAGAAAGCUAACAUGAAGUCUCCACUGCAGCAACAUAUGAGAAGAGGCGGUAUAAAUGUUGGGAUGGAGAAGGUUAGAGUCUCCAUUGGAAGUCGAGGCAGGAUAGCACAUAGGGUAUUGCUAGGCAAUGGCAGAAGAGCAGGAAUGAGGGAAGCUCAGCAGAAGCAGACGCUAGGAGACAAGGAAAGGAGGUGGAAUAUUGGAACAGUGGCAAGAACUCCAAUCUAA